AUGCCCGCCGCGCUACCCUCGGCGCGUAGGGCGUGCCAGGCGCAGCCGACGCAGUCGCAGCGCGCAGCUGCGACCUCCGCGUGGCGUGCGGGCGCCCCGGGGCGUGCGCUGUCUGCGCCCGUGCGGUUGCAGCGCGUGGGGCGCUGCAGCGCGCGGAGGAAGUGGCGCUGUGGAACCACGGCGCGGGAGACGGCCACGGAGACCGAGGCUGGGCCGCAGGCGUGGAGCGUCAGCAGCGUUCGCUCCGGGGACGAGGCGGUGCCCUGGGAGCGCGUGCGGGGCUGCGCCGAGUGCGUGUCCGACGCCGCGUUCCUCGAAUGGACCGGAUACGACCAGGGCCCGCCGGAAUCGGGCUCGGUCUUGCAGCAGCUCGCCUUCACGGCCAAGUUGACGGCCAUCCUGGCGGCAGGUCUCGUGAAACGGAGCCCACAUGACCACACGAGCGUCGUUCUCGCCACCGUGGACGAAGCGUCCGCGGCCGCCGCGGACGCGAAGCGGGGCGGCGUCGUCGGGUGCGCGACGCUCAGGGUCCAGCAGGCCGACGAGUCCACGGCGGAGGCGCUGGGCGUCGCCCACAACACCUCGUAUUUGGAGGUGUCGAACGUCGCGGUGCUGGGGCGGUGGCGGCGGCGCGGCAUCGCGAAGGACAUCAUGCGGAGGGUCGAGUUCGAGGGCGCCGAGGCCCUGCGACGCCUCGUCGACGGCGGCAUCGACACGCCCAGGAUGCUGGUGCUGGCAGUGGAGCGCACGAGCGUGGCGCGGGGGCUGUACGAGAGCUGUGGGUGGCGGGAGGCCACAGGGUACGUCGACGGGGAGUGGGAGGAGGACGCGGCGCGCGGGAGGCUGCCGACGCGCGCGCGCAGGGUGCUCUACACGCUCGACCUCGAGGCCAGCGCCGAGCCCAACAACUGA